AUGGUCAAGGUAGCUUCCAUCGCCCUCUUCGCAACCGCCGUGCUCGGCGCCGUAAUCCGCCGCGAUGUUGCCGAGACGCUGGCCAACCUGCAGAAGAUUGACGCCUCGGUCGUCAGCCUGACCACGACGGUCAGAAACUGGGAUGGCUCAGUCCUCGGGGCACUGGGCAUCCAGACAGCCGCUACAACCGUUGGUAACAACAUCGACUCGGCUAACAGUGCUGCCGCGGACGAGACGGUGGCUUCGAGCCAGGACUCGGCCACCCUCAUCAGCUUUAUCUCACAGACGGGCGAGCCGAACAUCGCCACGUCCCUGGAUGCGCUCGUUGGCCGCAAGGCUGACUUCCAGUCGGCGGGCGUUAGCUCGCUGGUUCUCAGCACCCUCCGAAACCUGAAGAGCAAGAACGAUGCUUACGGCGCUACCUUGCUCGGCCUCACCGCUGCCGACCAGAAAGCAGCUGCUCAAACCGUGCUUGCGCUGAUCGUUUCUGACUUCAACGAGGCCAUCACGGCGUUCUCCUAG